AUGGUGGUCGGCCCGGCAGGGCGGCGGCCCCGGGGUCCUCGCGGCUACGAGUCCAGGGGACCCUCGGGGCCUACGGAGCCCAGGAGCCCCGAGAGCCGCGCAGCCCCGAGCCUGGCGCGGCCCCGGCGCCCGGCCUCCCGCCGCCGCACCUUCCCUCCCUCUCCCCACCCGCGCGUACGUGGCUGGUCGAAUCCAGCGGCGGAAUGCUGGUCGACCCGUAAUGCAAGCGGAGAGAGAGAGGUGGGGCGGGGAAGCGCAAGGGCCACGCACCGGCCGGCACGCCGAUCCGCCGGCACGACACGCCCGCCAGGCGCGGCGGCUGUCAGACCGGGGCCGCCCGGGCGGCGUCAGCGCCACGAGCGCACCGCCGAGGCCCCGCCCCCGGCCCGCGGGCCCCCUGGGAAAGCGGCCGCCAGGCCGCCCCCGGUGGCCCACCGCUCGGCCGCGCCCGCCACUCUCCCCUUCCCCCGUCCCAGCCCAGGGCGAGGCCUCGGCCCGGUCGGAGAGGGGGCGGUGCGCCGCCGAGGCGGGGACGCGCCGGAGGGGCGCCCCGCCCGCACACUCUGCUCAACCUCCGCCGGCCGGCCGGCGGAGGCGGCGCCUCAGGGACCACGCACCCGUGGGCGGGACGGGCGCCUGCCGAACCCUCUUGCCGCCGCCGCUGCCGCCUCAGAGUGCGGCGGCGCGGGGCAGGGCAGCCGGGAGCGCGCGCGAGGCCCGCCGCCCGCUCCGCCGCGUGGAGCGGGGCGGGGAGACCCCAGGGCGCCACCAGCCGCGGGCGGCGGGGCCUGCCGGAGAGGGCGGUCGAGGAAGGAUGGGACCGGACCUGCCCCACCCGACCUGGGCAGCCGCGAGCCUCCGGUGGAAGGAAGGACUGAUAGACAAACCCUUGUGUUGAGGGCUGACUUUCAAUAG